AUUUUUUUUUUCACAUUUUUAAACAGGAAAUUUUUCAAAUUAUCUCUUUGUAAAUUUACCCUGUUUUCACUUUGCAAUUCCUAAUCCUCCUUUGGUGAAACCAUCAGUGUAUCCCCUAAACUUUGACUCACGCUGUCUUACUGAAAGUGCCAUUUCCAAGGGAGGGAGAGUCUCUGUAGGAGGAACUUAACCUUUUUAAUGGCCCGUGGCAUCAUCAGGGCCCCGUGGGCAGAGCCUGAGCUCCUACCAACCUUUGUGGCUCUGCUGGUACUGGUGAUGCUGUGAUGCCCCUGGACACAGGCAACCACUCAGUGGACAGUUUGGCUCAUCCUCCUAAAACACUUUCUCCAGACUUCAAAUCAUUUCUGUAGGGAUGUGGAUGCACACGUGAUGAAUCAUCUUGCACUCUGAAUGCUCUGCUUCUGGAUCUGCAAUUUUGUAACUAAUGCCCAUUUAAAAUCCAUCCCCGAACACCAGUCAAAGGGAAAGGAAGGGACUAUUUCAGAUUAAAAGGGCAACACAUAUGAAAAGAAGAAGUUCCAUAAUUUUCUGUAUUGAAUCUGCUGUGAUUCACUCUAUAAAGUGCUGUAGAGGGUUGUAUGAGGGAUGCCCAGUUCUGCAAAGUGUGUUGACUUUUUGAUGAGGCAUUAGGUGAGGUUCCCUAUCAUUACAGGCUCUAUGGUGUUAUUAACAGGAUGAUUUACAAGCCAAAUUCAUACUGGGCAAUGCCUGCCUGGCCCCUGCAUGUACCCCACCUCACUGUUCAGCUUUAUUUAUUCCACUUCACUCUCCACCUCAAAAAGUCCCAUUGCGUGGCCUUUCCAGUGAAGAGCAGCUAUAUUUCAUCUCAGACAUGCCUUCAGCAACAAGGGAAGGGAUUUCCCUCUACUCUUCAGCCUCUGAAAAAGCUUUCUCAAAGAGAUUCAUUUUAUUAUAUAGGAAAAAAUUUAUACAGACUGAGGUAAAUUUUUGGUCAGGCUUUAUAAAACAAACACAGUGUCUUUAAAGUAAUAAAACUUUCUGUGGCACUUUGCCAGAGUUGAUCUUCUAUGCUAUACUUCAGGGAUAAGUAUGGAUGUGCUGACAGAAACCUCGUGGCUUCCAACCUCUGUGAUGUGUAGAGCCUCAAGGGAUUUUCUGGAAAGAAACUGCUUUUCCAAAGUUAAACAUUUUUAUCCCCCCUCCCAAAAUGGCCAUCAGCCCAGCAGUGUUUGAAAGACAAGCACACGUGUCUACUUCCACACCUUUCAUGCCAUCAACAGAAAAUAUUUGAAAUUGCAGGCAAAGUUUCCAAGAAAGCAGAGAUGGAGAUUUUCUUUGCUUUAAAUUUCCAAGUACCUUCCAGCAGUUCUUCCCCUGUCUUUGCACCACUCCCUUUCUCACCUGGGAGCCUGGAGAUCUGAGCCCGUGACCUGACCAUGGACCUGUCUGAAGACUCUGUGUGCUCAGGUACUGUGGGCCAAGGAGUACAUUUGGUACAGGCAGUGCCAGACACAACACAGCCCUGAGCUUGGUGGGAGCCUUCUGUCCAGGGGUGGAAAAAUCUUCUAGUAUUUUCUUAUUUGGCUAUGCAGUGGAUAUUCUCCCUUUUUCCAACCCAAAUCUCUAUGAGAACCAAACCUGGCCAUGAUGUCCAUCACUGUUAAUGCUGUACCAAAAGCUAAGCUAUUGGUGAAAGCUGGACACAAAAGCAUUGUGCCUUGCUGAUUAGUCACAAACUGUGACUAUCACAGCUUGAAAAAUUGUGAUCAUGAGGUCUUGUCUUGCGACCCUGCUGCCCACCCUCUUCCACACAGGGAGAGAAGAAUAAAUAUUUACUAUUUCGCAAAAUAACACCCAGCCACACUCACCCUUUCUGCUGCAAUGUAGUUCAUCUAAUUGAAAUAAGAACAUAAGUAAAUUGUUUGUCAAGGCAGUUUAUUAGGAAGAGAUUGCUGUGUCAGGAGCUCCCUCACUGCGAGAGAUGCUGUGUUGUCUCUCUUAAUAUUUAAUGUUAUUUUAAUAAUAUUUCCCAGUUAGGGGUGCAGGCUGAUGCUAUAGAUUAAAGCCUGCCAAAGUGGGGAGGAAUAAAAGCUUGAGGUCAGCUUCAUUCCAUUGACUUUUCCACCUGGAGGCUGGGCAAAGAGCAAUGCUGCACCUUUUCCAAGGGACUCAACCACUCCCUGGUACUUUUCUCAGCAGCUUUACCUCAGAUUUGUGGAUUUUGCCUUUCACUCACUCAGAAGGACACUUUAAAAGAUGAGGAUAACAUCCUGAGGAGGCAGAUAUAAAAAACCCACCUUUUUUUCCUUUGACAAACCCAUUUCUCUUUGCAAUGCUGUUCCACUUGGGCUCAUUAUUCAAACAUCACCAUAAACUACUGAAUUUCUCCCAAGCUCAUGACUGCAUCUGCAGCUACAGCACUCUUGAUCCUCAGUGACAAGCCUUGUUUUGGAAACCUAUGGGUUAAAGUUAGAAGUCUUUUAGCCCAAGGAGUGGGGAUCUGCAGCUUAAGUAUCAAAGGUCCCUGCUCAUAAAGCAUCCAUCGAUGCUGCCUCGGUGUCACCCUCCAGCCCUCCCAGACUGCCUUGGCUGCAAAGCUGCUGCACUGAUGGUGCCUCAGCCCCCAUGCCAUCCCUCCAGAUGUCUGCUGGCAGCAAUGCCCAGCUCAGGCUCUUCCUUGUUGUGAAAGACUCCUGUUUGAAGGACCAUGGAGUCAGAUCCUUUUGCAGCUGCUGCAUUCUUUUCCCAAACAUCACUAGACAGUUCAAUAAUUACAUGAACUUUGUAAUCAGCUAAACUAGCAUAGCCAUCUACCUGAUGUACACGUAGCACUUGUGAGUAAUUUUACAUCAAGGGCAGGUACUUUUGUUCUUAGUGCACAGGCCUUGUGCACAAACAGCAAUAGAAGGAGGGCCCAAUUAUAAAUAAACUGUCCUUAGUUGUCACUUUGCUGUCUCUGACUUCCCACGCAUUCAAAUGGUGAGGCUGAUUCAUUUAAUCUUACUCUAAAGCAGCAAGCCACAGAGUCAGUUUCCUGACAGUUGCUUUAAAAAGAGUAGCUGAGCUCCCUUGAAUUGUCUUCCCUUGUAUUAUAUUUAGACAUUGUGAUUAGAGUAUCUGUCAUGAUAUGCUUUUACUUUAAGGCAGAAGUUCAAGCCGCUUCCUGAAAACAGAAAUGCUCCUGGGAGCCGAAGGGGCACGAGUGCUGGGGUUCAGCUUUUGGGAGCAGAGAUCUCCAGCACCACUUGUGCUGCUGGCUCUCCUGCACAGCCGGCCUCGUGAAAACCUGAGCUUUCAAAUAAGUGCAACAUUACUUACCAUAAUGAGACUACUGGGAAGGGUGGAGGCAGCGAAAGACUUCGCGGCUGUUUCCAAGGGUUUUAGAAAUAUCAGCUCAGCAAUUCUUACCAUCUUCCCUUCUCCCCUCCUUCCCUUUUCUCCCCUUCAAAUCUUGUCAAAAGACUUGGAUGCAAAAUCUGGACACUCCUGUCAUAUGAACAUGGCUUUUAUAUGUUUGUGUCAUUGCAAAGCAGAUUAUAAUGACUACACUUCAUGCAUUUUACCCUAAUUAAGUCAGUGGAGGUUUCAAUGCAGAUACAAACUUGACAUGCAGCUCUGCCCUUGACAAUUGCCUACCAAAGAGAAUACCUGAAAGCUUUUGUUUUGCUAAAUAUACUAUUUAAUAUUUUGUAAUGCUUGGGUAAAUGCAGUCAGUGAAUGUAGAGUCUUCUAUGUUUCUAUAGUAUUGUGGAGGAGGUUAUUAGAGUUUUGCUGAAGGAGGUUUCCUUGUUCCGUGACUUGCUUUGUCAGAGCACUUGUCAGAUACUGAACUGAAAGUUCCAGUCCUGCUGACCACCAUCCACGAUGAGGAGACCCCCAGACUCCAGCAGACUCUCAGCCACUGCUCUGAUGGCAGGAGCUCUCCAGCAGCCUGGCAAAUGUGACCAGGAGCUGGCAGACAGGACAAAGUCAAAGACCAGCUGGGCUUUGAGCUCUGAUGGCUCUAAGUGAUGUCCAAGGAGAAAGCUUGGUGAUUUAGAGAUGAAGAAGAAAGGAAUCGCACCCUUGAUGUCAUUCAUUUAGCUGUGGAAGGCUUUAUCAGCCCUUGUGGAGGCUUUCCCCUGCACACAGCACUCAAGGCUGGAGCUGUAGUGGAGGAAAAUGGAGCCUGUAGAUCUUCUGGCACUUGUCUCCCUAGAAAUGAACAGUACCACAGUCACCCUGGCUUUGCUGGCAGUCUUCCUGGUCCUGCUGUAUUGGUACUCCACAUCUGCAUUCUCCAAACUAAGCAGAGUAGGGAUCCGACAUCCUCCACCUCUUCCUUUCAUUGGAAACCUGCUCUUUUUCCGUGAGGGUUUUUGGGAAAACCACACAAAACUCAUAAAAGAGUAUGGACCUGUUUGUGGGUAUUACAUUGGUUGCCAGAUGUUUGUGGUGGUCUCCUCACCAGAGAUGAUCAAGCAAAUCUUAGUGGCAGAUUUUAGUAACUUCACCAACAGAGCUAAACCGAACUUGAUAUCCAAGCCAAUGCUUGAUAGCAUCCUUUGUCUUCGUGAUGACAGAUGGAAAUAUGUGCGGAGCCUCCUGACCCCAGCCUUCAGCGAUACCAAACUGAAAGAGAUGACACCACUGAUAAACCAGGCCUGUGACAUCCUGCUGUGUAACUUGAAAGUCUAUGCAGAUUCCAGCAAAGCUUUUGAUAUCCAGAGGUGUUACAACUGCUUUACCUUGGAUGUCGUUGGUAGCGUAGCUUUUGGUAUUGAGGUGGAUUCCCAGAAGAAUCCUGAUGACCCCUUUGUUAAGAAUUGCAGAACAUUCUUCGAAAUGUCUUUGUUUAAGCCUCUUCUUAUUCUAAUCCUUUCUUUCCCAUCCAUAAUUAUCCCAUUACUACGCAUUUUUCCAAAUAAGAAACAAAAGGAACUGAAUGGAUUUUUUAUCCAAACCAUAAAAAAUGCAAUUGUCUACAGACACCAACAGGAUGCAGCUCAGAGGCGCAGAGAUUUUCUCCAGUGGAUGCUUGAUGCCUGUGACUCAGCCGACUCCCUGGCAGCUGUGUGCUCGGAUGUGCUCAGCCCAUCUGCUGCUCCCAGACAGAAUGAGACGCCUCUGGUUGGCACAGCCCCAUCUGAAAAGGCUCAGAAGACGCUAACAGAGGAUGAGAUAGCUGGCCAAGCUUUCCUGUUCCUCAUUGCUGGCUAUGAGACCACCACGAGCACGCUGUCCUUUGCCACCUACUUGCUGGCCACCAACCCGGAGUGCCAGGAGAAGGUGCUCCAGGAGGUGGAUGAGUUCUCUGCAAAACACAUGAUCCCUGAUCACCAAAAUGUACAAGAACUCCCUUAUCUGGACAUGGUGAUUGCAGAGACGUUGCGCAUGUACCCACCUGCAUUCAGAUUCACUAGGGAAGCAGCUAAAGACUGCAUAGUGCUGGGGCAGCAUAUUCCAGCUGGAGCUGUCAUUGAAACUGCAGUUGGACACCUUCACCACGACCCUGAGUUCUGGCCACAACCUGAAAGGUUUAUUCCUGAGAGGUUUACAGAGGAGGCAAAGAAGGAACGACAUACCUUUGCAUACUUGCCCUUUGGGGCAGGACCCCGUGGCUGCCUUGGCAUGAAAAUGGGUUUGUUGGAGACAAAAAUGACUCUGCUGAGGAUUUUGCAGAAGUUUCGAUUCAAAACCUGCCCAGAGACUGAGAUUCCUUUGCAGCUCAAAUCAAAAGCCACACUUGGACCAAAAAAUGGAGUCUACAUCAUGCUGGAAUCUCGCUAAAAGGGAAUGUACAUCCUGAAGCUUUUUGGAAUGAGACACUUUAGUGAGUCACUGGGUAUAAUUAUUUUUCAGAACUCCAAGGACAGAUAGGAGCCUAAGUCCCACUGAUGGUCAGUAGGUGCUGCCCCACUGCCCUCCUGUGGGACAGCAUCCAAUCACUUUUUAAAAUGGGCUGCCCAGUCUUUUUUGGAUGUUUUCAAAUUGCUGUGAAUAGUAUCUAUAAAGAAGAAUCCCAUUUUCUUUUGCUUUUCUUCAUGACACUUCUUUUCACUUAUCUGUGAGAAUGCUUUCCUCAUGCUCAUUUUCCACAAUUUACAGUAGAUUUUAAUUUCAAUUCAUCAUAUGGCACAUUCUUUCAUGCACUUGUGAGUGCUUAGAGAAAGCCCCAAAGGCACUACAUUACAGCAGAAGACCUGGGAUGCAGUGCAUUGGAUUUUUCAUGAACUCCACUAACAAAUCAAAGCUGAGGCCCCUGUACAAUGCUUAAUCUCCACCUGUGUCUGUAAAGCCAGAAAAGUUGCACCUCCUCCAUGCUUUGAAGUGAUUUUAAAUACACUUGGAUUAACAAUUUGCACUUGGCACAUUCCAUCGACAUGACAGAAGAAGAAUGAACCGGUAAAGUUCCAGCAGCUAAGACCAAAGAAAUGAGGUGACAGCCAUUUUUCUGGCUGCUGAACUGCUGUUGGAAAGGAAGAGACAAAGAAGAUAUUAAUUUAAAGCAAGCAGGAGGACUGGAGGAAAUGUAAAGGUAAUCAGAAGGUGUUGGUACCACAUCUGCUUCAUGCGGAGGCCUUUCCUAUCCAAGCGUUGCAAUUGGCACCAUCCCUGUCUGGCUCCUUGAAUCAAGGAAAUUAAGAGCAUGCAUGCACUAGAGCUGGUGGCAAAGGAGUGGGAUCCAGGAUCAUCAGACCCAGCAGCUCUCUUGGCUCCUGUGACACUGGAGCAGGUCAUGUCCUGAGUGCCUCACCCCCUCAGGAAGGAACUUGUCUGAUUGAACUGCAGCAGCCCCAUGGACCUGUUUGAGCUGUGUGACUGUGCUCUUGCAUCUUCCCAGCCAAAACAGCUGUAGCUUCCACUCCUCAUGUUCCCUCUGUCCUACUCCUCUGCAAAGCCUUCACCUGCCACACAGUUAGUGUUGCACAAGAAGCUGGAAGGGGGCACAGCUGGGCCAGCUGACUGCCACUGAGCACAGGGAUAUUCCAUACCUCGUGGCACCAUGCUCAGCACAUAAAACUAGGGGAAGAAGAAGGGAGGGAGACGACAUUCAAAAUGAUGGCAUUUGCCUUCCCAAGUCACUGUUUUGCCUGCUGGAGCUCUGCUUCCUGGAGUGGCCUGUACAUAGGAAAUGGUGAAUGAAUUCCUUUUUAGUGUGUGGCUUUUGCUUUACCUAUUAAACUGUCUUUAUCUCAA